UGUUUUUCCGACUUGUUUUGGCGCGGAGGACGACGAAAGCGUUGGUAGAUCUAAAACCUAAAGAAAUGGUUUGUUUUUUUAAUUAAAGCGAUGUGAAGUAAUCAAGUUCAUCUUCAAAGACUCAUCUUACUUUUGUUGACUUUUUGACGGUUUUGUCGUUUUUCUCUGCUUAAAAUGGAUUAUUCUUCACAAAAGAUGUAUUCCGGCAGACCUAGCCUAGACUAGCACUUUCUGCGAGUUUCUCAUUUUGUUUAUAUAAAAUCCAGUUGAACUUUGUGCUGCUGCAUGGAAACAGUCCGUGUUUUUUAUGGGAUAAUUGAAUUUUCCUAAUGGAACUUUAACGGCUUGAUUGAACAUUUGGAUGACAGUCAGAUAUAUGCAUUUUGAUUCGAAGCUGUAGAAAUAAAAUCUGACCUGUUCUCAUAUAAACGACUUAGUGUCAUGGGAAAAGAACCGAAGAGUAACUUGAAAAGAAAGUACAAGCAGUCCUCACUAAAGCUCGAGGACAAACCGCAAGAAUUCAAAGCAGCUUUUGGAGUUUCAUCUGAAUCACUGGAUACCAGGCGAGCAUGAGCGACUGUUCCGUUUAUUACCUUACCGGUAAAUAGUUAAAAUCUUGGGAAGCAUGAUGGAAAGGAACUGAAAAGCUGUGUUUAUAGAUUCUCAAAGUAUUAUUCGGAUAGUCAGUUAGGCCUAUAAUGGGGUGUUGCAUUUUGCUUUUCAUCUUAACAGGCGCAAAAAUUAGCUCGGGUAAUGUGCUUUGCGCACUUUGGGUACUUUGCGCAAUCUUCUUUAGAAUAGAUUACAUGAGUGUUUAUAUUACAUUUCAUGUAGUGCUUUAGGACAUAAAAGCUCGUAUCUGACAGCAGAGCAGCUCAUUCACCUGGCGAACACACUGCGAGCAGCUCGACCUACGCACUUUGAGUUUGUCCCAUUGCAAGAGCGGACCGCAGUGUGCGCGUUGAGCCGGCGCACCUUCCAAGGAGCAUCCAGAGGCUCUGGCAUUUUAGAGGAGCGCACUCGACCCUCUCAUCCGGUCAGUCAAUCAUGUGGUUCAUUAAUCUGACAUUGCUCAUUCUCAAACUGUCCGUGUCUGUGGAGGGAUUCUCGACGUGCCAGUCCUACAACUUGGACGACCAGAAAUCCAAAAGGAUCGAGGCGGUUCGCGGACAGAUUUUGAGCAAGCUGCGCAUCCGGAGUCCACCGGAUCCCGAGGCUAGCCCGUCGCCGGAGUCGGUGCCGGCGGAGGUGAUGUUACUUUACAACAGCACGAAGGAGUUGCUUAAGGAGCGCGCGCGCCAAGCCGAGGCCGCGUGCGACCGAGAGAGCAGCGAAGAGGAUUAUUACGCAAAAGAGGUGCAACGGGUGAAUAUGAUGCCGCAGCGCACAGAUACGAACUCAAUCAACCCGGUUCCUCAUAGCCCGUUCUUCAGGGUUGUGGGCUUCGAUGUCACCAAUGUGGAAAGAAAUUCUAGUACUUUAGUCAAAGCAGAAUUUCGCAUCUUCAGAGCGCCAAACCCACAAGCCCGCACCACAGAGCAGCGUGUGGAAAUAUACCAGAUUCUCAAAUCUAAUGGUGUGACGGCUCCAUCUCAGAGGUACAUUGACUCCAGAACAGUUGACCCCCGAGCCAAAGGAGCGUGGCUUUCUGUCGAUGUCACAGAGACUGUGAAGGAAUGGAUGGCGUUCAGAGAGAGAAAUCUAGGGCUGAAGAUCAGCGUUCACUGUCCCUGUUGCACAUUUGUCCCCUCAACUAACAAUAUUGUUCCUAACAAGAGUGAAGAACUGGAGGCCAGAUUUGCAGGGAUUGAUGAUGACCUCAUAAAGCAGAACAGAAGACCAGGUGCGACUAAAGGAGCGAUUGAAUUUAGCACUAAAACUCCUCACUUGAUACUAACCCUGUUGCCCACCGACCGCCUGGAAAACCCCACCAAGAAAAACCGCAAGAAGAGAUCUGCUGCAGAAACAUCCAUAUGCUCACGGACUGAUCAAGGCUGCUGUCUGAGGUCUCUGUAUAUUGACUUCCGCCGGGACUUGAACUGGAAGUGGAUCCAUGAACCAAAAGGCUACAAAGCAAAUUUUUGUGCAGGGAACUGUCCUUACCUCUGGAGUGCAGACAACCACUACAACAUGAUUCUUCCUCUGUAUAAUAAGUUGAAUCCAGAGGCCUCGGCAUCUCCAUGUUGUGUUCCGCAAGAUCUGGAGCCCCUCACCAUCGUUUAUUACCUAGGACGAACCCCCCGUGUGGAACAGCUCUCCAACAUGGUGGUCAGAUCCUGCAAGUGCCGUUGAUGCAGAAGACAUAGAUGUCCCUAAUGGAGAAUAAAAAAUAGGUGGAUGAGAAGAGAGCAAAGACAUAUGACUAACAUCUGAAUGAACGCUACAUCGUAACAAAUUUCUAAGGAUGACAAGGUCUUCGAUUACAGGAGGAAGAGCAUUUAAUCAUCCCUUUAAAUGGUUCAAGCAUUCAAUUCAGGGGCCACAAACAGCGUAACAGUCUCAUGUGUUUUCAUAGUCUAUUAAACACAUGCAUUUUGAUGGUAAUAACUCCUCGCAUUCUCACAAGUUUAUUGUAGAUGGGUGUAUGUAAAUAGUUGUUGGUGAUGAUUAUAUGUGAUUAUUUACGGAAUACAAUACAUUUUAUUAUGUAAUACUUUUGGUGGCUUCUAUAUACUGUAUGUUUUCAACACAUUUAUAGACCUCUCUCAAAGUAGAUUAUUGGCUGUGGAUUUUAAUGUUUAGUCUGGACAAUUUAUCCAUUUUAUCGCACAGCAAGUGGCCUGCACUCAAGGUUUCCUUUUUUCUUCAAACGAUAACUGUGUGGUCUACUCUCGCUGAAAAUACAGAUUUGACUAGUGGAUUCACCAGCUAGAUGCGGUUCGAGGUUAGAAAAUCUCCGACGUAAACAGGAUGUGAACAAUUUCCAGACACCGACCACUCACGGAAAGCCAAAUUUAAACACUUGGGGUUCAGGGUUUGUGGCAACAUGGCAGAAAGAACAGUGGGCCGAUGAAAAAAGAGAGACCCACACAGUCAAAAUCAUACCUCUUUCUCUUUAAAGAACUGCAGGACUUCUGAAAUGCAUUCAGCGCUUUGAUUUGUAUAAUGUGGCAACAGUACCCUCCACACCCUGUAAUGCUGAGCGAUGUCAUUUUGUCAGAUCUGUGGGAAAUAAAAAGAAUGUUGACUUGG